UGAUAGGUUGAGGGGGCGGGACUUCCGACAGCGCAGGUUGGACAUAAAGUGACAGACUUCACCUCCUUAAAAUUGGAAGAAAAACCGAAGGACGACGCGAUACAAGUUUUAAAACAAUUGUAAUGAUUUUCAGACAUGGACGACAUAAACCUUCAUUAUCGCUUUCUAAACUGGAGGAGGCGCAUUCGAGAAAUUCGUGAAGUGCGAGCAGUGCGAUAUCGGGAGCGGCUCAAAAGGAUGCUGAGAGAUGGAGACAUACUCAGGUAUCAUGGGAAUUCAGAUGAAGUUGGUUGUUUUGUUGCGGCCAGACCGUUGUCGAGAAGAAAUCGCUAUUAUGAAGUGACCAUCAUCGAUACAGGAGUGAGGGGAAUGAUUGCUGUUGGUUUGGUUCCUCAGUCCUAUAAGCUGGACCAUCAGCCGGGCUGGCUCCCACAGUCUGUGGCUUUUCAUGCUGAUGAUGGCAAGCUGUAUAAUGGCAACACUGUAGGACAGCAGUUUGGUCCAAAAUGCUGCAGAGGUGAUAGAAUCGGCUGUGGAAUAUCCCUGGACUCAGAUGAUGGACAGUUAACGGUGUUUUUUACCAAGAAUGGCAAGGAAGUCGGCAGUGUUGAAAUCCCAGCAUCUCCUGAUGCUCUCUACCCUGCUGUGGGAAUGCACUCUCUGGGGGAAGAAGUGCUUCUGGACCUGAACGCUGAAUGGGGGAUGGAGGAGGAUGAUGGACAGAUGAUCGUGGAUAGUCAUGAAGAGGACUGGAGCCGUCUCCAUGACGUCAAGGUGACUGGCACGCUGCUGGAGUACGUGGGUAAAGGGAAGAGCAUCGUGGACGUGGGCUUGGCUCAGGCCCGUCGGCCUCUCAACACACGCUUCCACUACUAUGAACUGGAGAUCACAGAUGCUGGAGAGAAAUGUUACAUCGCCCUGGGGCUGGCACGCAGGGACUACCCCAAAAACAGACAUCCAGGUUGGAGCAGAGGGUCCAUAGCCUAUCACGCUGAUGAUGGAAAGCUGUUCCAGGGCAGCGGGGUUGGGGACGCGUUCGGACCACGCUGCUUUGAAGGGGACAUCAUGGGCUGUGGAAUCAUGUUCCCACGCGACUACAGCCUUGAUGGUGGAGAUGACGUAGACGACUGGGACUUUGAGGUGUUUCCCAAGCCCAGUGAGGUUCAGAAUGACUUGUAUGCAAGCAACGAAGAUGAGGAGGACGAGGGAGAAGAUUUAGAGGGGAGGAAGGUCACGGUGUUCUUCACCAGAAAUGGAAAGGUGGUGGGCCGGAGGGAAGUGGCCUUACCUGUAGGAGGCUUGUACCCCACGGUUGGCAUGAUGAGCACUGGAGAGAAGGUCAGAGUGGACCUGCACCCCCUCAGUGGAUGAGCAGAGUGAAGGAAAUGAAAACUGAGCAGUGAAAUCAGAGUGAGGACGAUUGAUUGAGCACUAGUACAUUUUGGAGAUCGGACAAUAAAUAAUACCUCCACAUCAGGGGGCUCCAAGGUGUUACUUAAAAAGUCACUCAAGUGUAGGUGACUGCGCCUCCCUCGUGCUGUAAGAAUAAUCAAAAUAAUGCAUGUUACUAGAACAUGCAUGCCUCAAAAAAGAGCUUUAUAAUUAAAUGGUUUUACAAUAAUUGUUAAACCAGGGGUUUGUAAGGGUAAACACUAUUUUUUGACAAUUUCAUCAGAGUAAAGUUAAUAAAAUAACAUAAAAUGCCAAUCCCAAAAAUGAUCUCACCAGAGUAAUGAAUGUAAAAAUCCAAUUAUAGCAGACCCCAGCUAACAAGUGGAUGCUCUUAUCACCAAUAAUGUAC